CUCUUUAGAGACAGGGAGUUUUAAUUCUGUAGGCUUGGGAAAUUUCGGACGUAGACUAUACGUCUCUAUCCGACAGGCCUUUCCCUAACAACGUUGAAUCAUCGUGCCGCUGAAGAUGCCCUAGCAUAAUUGCACAAAGAUGUUUUUCCGGGAUCUUCCUGAUAAUCUAAAUCCUGGUCGAAUUUCAUUGUCACCAGUGGGGGGCGUGGACGGCAUCAUCACGACAUGCGACGCAUGCGGCGAAUUCAGUCUUCGACGGGUGCUCGGGUCUUGCGGACACGUGUUCUGCUGGAGCUGUUGUAUCGUGAGAAAUAGUCCAGCGGGUCUGGAACUUCGAUGUUCUGAAUGCAAAAAGAAUUCGGCUUGCGAACGCGUGGAGUUGACAGAAAGUUUCCUUAGAGACAUGGCAUUUAUCUGCGGAUGCGGGCACGAGGGUAACUUAGCGCAAAUCAGGGAACAUCUUUGGACUUGCGAAACCGAUCAUUUUAUUAAAGACCCAUCGUCGGCGCCGUCAUCCUCUACUCCAAACCUAGCAGUUACGACUAACCAAACUUUCCAAGAUCAUGCGUCCCAAAUGGCAUUAAUUCCUGCAAAAUCAGUUGUGCCAGAUAGUACCCUAGCAGCGGCAAGAAAGGAAAAUUUGAUCAAGAUAAUUCAAGCAGAGUUAAAACCGCUUUGGAUGAUAUCCGCCCGAAUCGGAUUAGCAAAAACGAAAGCAUAUUUCUGUUUUGAAUUGCACAAGCUCAUGGAUGACUUUGUAUAUAAGAGGUUUACUCAGGAACACUCAACAUUGACGUGGGCAACUGGUGAAUACCCCGCUCAGGUUUAUUGCAAGAUCACCGUUGUCGCUGACAAACGCUAUUUGAGUGUUUUUUUCAAACCAAUUAACGACCCGCCAUCAUUCAGCGGCUGGCCAAUGAAGAAAAAAAUUAUUAUUGAACUGUACAAUAUCAAAGGAGAACCGGUGCAUAAAAAGAUGGCGGUGACAUUUGCCAAUAAUGAGCCGACAUGGGAUGGAUUUAUUCGUCCAUAUCAUCCCCAGGAGCUGGGUGGACACGGAUUUGAAAAAUUCUACGCCAUCGAUGACCUCUUGACUUAUGACCCUAGAAUCGUCGUUAAUGGAAAGGUGUGCCUAUCCGUCAAACUGGAAGAUCUAUAGAUAGGACUGAACGGAAUGCCGUCAGCGCCCGUUGAACUGAGUGGGUAGGCCAUUGAAGCCCAAUACGUUAUAGAGGCAUGUUCGAGUUAUCAUAUAGUUUUGCUACGCUUAUUGUUCCAAAAAUAUUUUUUUGUACAUGCCGGCUGUUACCCGUCAGUUGGCUGGUUGAUACAUGAAAGGUACACGUAAGUGAGGAUUUUUGUUUAGAUUUUGGAGCAUACGAUGUCUCAUCGGAUGAUUUAACAUUAUGAAUAAUAAACUCAA